GCCAGCAUCUCCUCCACUUCCACGGUAAUCACAAGCUCCAUCCCUCGCAACACGCACCCAACGGGUCAGAGCCAUCUGCCAAUCAAUGUUCACUUGUGAAUUGUGAGCUGACCUGGUUGAGAAGCUAAGCAAAGGCCGUGUGGCGCCAUGGCACAGCAACAUCCGUGCGCGCACCGGGACCCGGGCGGCGUGGAGAUGGGCGUCCCGGCCGUGUACCCGCCGCUGCCGAACCCGAACGAGCAGGCCAUGGACCAGGAGCGGCUCGGCGGGGGAGGCCCCAACCACUGGGUGGGCAACGACGCCAACACGCUGCUGGUUGUGGCCACGCUGAUCACCACGCUCACGUACCAGCUCGGCACCAACAUCCCCGGCGGCUACUGGCAGGACACCAAGGACGACCACCGCGCCGGCGACCCCAUCAUGCGCGACCUGCACCGUCCCAGGUACUGGGUGUUCAUGGGGGCGAGCUGGAUGGGGUUCGCGAGCUCGAUGGUGAUGACGCUGAGCCUGCUGGUGCGGAUGCCCGUGGACUCGCGCAACGUCCGGUGGUCGUUCGCGGUGGCGUACUCCACGCUGGUGCUCACGUUCAUCGUGUCGCAGCCCAGGACGCACCUGUCGCUGGACAUCCUCGUCUGGGUCGCCGUCCUCGCCUUCCUCUGGUUCACCAUCAGCCUCCGCCCGGAGCGCCGCGCGAAAAUCGCCCAGGCGAUCUGCUGCGGCCACAACAGCUGAAGAAACCGCGCGCACGGCGCACCACCACUGAUUCCUUCAUUAGCCUGUUGCGAUUUUCUCUCUCACUAAUCGACGAUUCGUGAACGCUCCUGUGCUUACUUGAUGGAGAUGGUUGGCAAAUUGGAUGAAUUGAUGUCUCUCGUCCCUCGAUUCCCGUUCCUGUGCAAAUUACAAGUUUACAAC